AUGUUCAGCAGGUCCAUUGCUGGUGUAGUGCGCCUGCAAGCUCUUUGGCGAGGGCAUGUGAGUCGUGUGCACAUACACGAAGAUACCACUGUUGAUCUACGGGAGCGAAACCUCAGGCUAGUGGGAACUUCUGAAGCAUUGUCUGCAAAAGACCCACUCCGAAUCUUUGCUUUAAAUCUUAGCUACAACGUCCUGGCGUCACUUCCUGACGCUUUGAAGCUGCUGAAAAACCUUGUUAGACUCGAUCUCGAGGGGAAUGCCCUCUCCCUUCUCCCCGCAUGGCUGGGGCUGCUUCACAGAUUGAAACAUCUUUCCCUCGCGAACAAUCAAGAGCUCGUUGGAGUGUUCCCUUCCUCCAUGAGAGGUUUGAGCAACCUCACUUUGUUGAAUCUCUCCAAGACUGGCAUGCAUUGUUUGCCAGAUUGGCUCACCAGCCUCAGGAAACUGAGCUCAUUGGACGUUGGACACAAUGAGGAGCUUGGAAAUCAUCUACUUGAUGCCGGCUGGUCUCAAAUGACGAAUCUGACUUAUCUGAAUAUGGAGUCGACCGGCCUGACUGAAUGCCCACAAUUCUUGACCCAAUUAAAUCUUCAUCAUCUCAUAGUCGGUGGUAACUGGGAGCUUGGUGAUGCUUUCGACGAAACAACGCUACAUGGAUUGAGCCAGUUGCGAACUCUGGAUUUGACUGGGAUUGAUCUAAAGAGUUUAUCUUGUAUAAGUCAUAUGGCAAAGUUAGAAAAUCUUGUGGUCAAGAGAAACAGGUCCCUCACUGAGCAGAUCCACAAAGUAGAUUUGGCAGGUUUGAAGAAGAUGGUUAAGUUGGACUUGUCUUGUAUCGGUCUAAGCAAGUGUCCAAAUUGGUUGGGAGAUUUGAAUUCCUUGACGGAACUCAAUGUCGGUGGGAAUCGAAAACUUGGGGGGAGCAUUGAUGAUCCAGCAAACAUGACAAGUAUUUCAUACCUAACAAAUCUGACAUCCCUGGAUUUGAGAGAUCUUUCGUUAGUUGGGUGUCUUCCAUGGAUUAGACAGAUGACUCAGCUUCAAGAAAUCAAUCUGAGCGGCAAUAUCAGUCUUGGCGAAAACUUGGAAAUUUGGAAUCUUGGAUGCCUGACGAAUCUGAGGAUGAUAAAUCUUUCAAGCAUACGCCUCAGUCAAUGUCCGGACUGGAUUGGAGAUCUGAAGGGGCUGCAUCAUCUGAUUCUCAGUGAAAACAUCCAUCUUGGUCGUAGUCUGCAUGAUGUUCAAUUAGGACAUCUGCAACUCUUGUCUUCCCUCGAUCUGUCGAGUGUUGGGCUCAAAACCUGUCCCAGCUGGUUAAGAGAGCUGACUCAGCUGCAAGUGCUCAUACUGGGAUGGAAUCAAGAGCUGAGCCUUGAUGAUGAUGUCAUGCUCAAGCUUUGUGGUCUGGAAACUUUGGAUCUCACAGGAACCGGUCAAGUGAGCUGUCCUCAAUGUUUACGUGCGCUUUCAAACUUAAGAUCACUUGGACUUGGACAAAAUGAGAACCUAGGAAGGAGUCUUGAGAACUCCAACUUUCUGCAAGCAUUGUCCAACCUGACAGUGUUGGAUCUUCAAAAUAUAGGAUUAAGGAGUUGUCCAGAAUGGAUUGGAGAUUUGAUUGCUCUCCAGAUGGUUUACUUCAACAACAACAAGGAGUUGGAAACAAUAUCCUAUUCACUCGCACGAUGCACUUCUCUACGGAUUCUCAACACUACAGGAUGUCUCAAUCUCCACACACCCCCUCCACAUGUGUGCAAGCGAGGAGCCCCCUUCUGCCUGAAAUAUCUCAGAGAUCUGAACAAAGGACACGUCGAGAGUCAUAUGCUCAAAAUGAUGUUGGUCGGGGAACCCAAAGCGGGAAAGAGUAGCUUGUUGGAUACGCUCGAGACUGGCAGACCUCGCAUGCGAGCUGACGAUGACAGGACGGUAUCAGUUGUCGUGAAAUCACACAAACUGAAUCAGAACAGCCGUCUAGUGAUCAAUUCGUACGAUGCAGGUGGACAUGACGUUUAUCUCGCAACCCAUCGGUUCUUUAUGUCUCCUGGAGCUCUUUAUGUCUGCGUGAUAGACUUAUCUCAGCAGGACUGCCAUGUGCAAGCAUUCAAAUGGGUGGAAGCAGUGCAAUCACAAGUCCCAGGAGCAGCAGUGAGCAUCGUGGGAACGCACGCCGACUUGCUCGAAGCUGAAGCAAACGUUGAUGAUGAUCAUGGAGAGUCAACCCCUGAAUCUACAUCUAACUGUGCAUCGAGAAGAUUGCUUCAAGUCCAAGAGAGCAUUGUCUGUUGGGAAGAAAACAAUGUCAAAGAGUUGCAUGAAGAGCUAAGAGAAGCAGAGGCCAAGCUUGCUCACCUCUUUGACCUACCCGAAGAAUGGUAUGCAUUGAAGAGAGAACGAGAUCAUGUACUUCAAUCAAGCUUGAAGAAUUUGAGGCUUGAUCUUCAAGUGCCUUUGAAAGUGAAAGAGGAUGAAUGCUUUCACAAUCUUCUUUCGCGAGCAAAACAAGCUUGUGAUAUCAGUCAUCAACAGCACCUGGUCGAUCUUCAUUUCAAGAUGCAUGAGAUAGAAAAAUCAAGCAACCCGAAGGUACAAACCGCUUCGUACUUCAAUCAUGCCUCUGCACGAGAUGAAAGAGAGAAUCUCUUCACACUCAGACUGCGUGAACUAAUCUCCAAGAGGCCCCGAAUCUUUCUAUUCGCUGCUGUAAGUUUGGAUCCUUCGGCUAUGGGAGUUGAAGUCCUCCGAGACACGUUAGAAUGCCUGAUACAAGAUCAAAAGAGUUUCCCGCUAACAAGAAACACAACCCCUCUCAGCUAUCUCAUGCUGGAGUCGUGUUUCAGGCUCGGGGGUCAACAUGUUGCAACUUCACGAGCACGCUCGCGGCAGUUAGAUAUCCCCGAGAAAGUUUGUCCUCGCGGUCAUCGCCUAUCACCUCUCACUCCAGGCAUUGGAGCCACCUACAUGUGCGAUCAAUGUUCACAAUGCAUCAUAAGUGGGGAACAGAUGAUGAGCUGUACAAUCUGCUCCUGGGACCUCUGUAUGGGAUGUUGUGGACGAACUGCAUCGCAUGUGUGGAGCAACAGACUUUGCCCCAGCGGCCACGUUCUUUCUCACUUUAGAACUCCUGGUGUCUAUAUCUGCGAUCGCUGCUCCGCUCUCAUAGAGAGAGGUCAGGAGAUGAUUGGAUGUCGAGAGUGCGGAUGGGAUUUGUGUCAAGUUUGCUCGGGAUUAGUUGAGUGUGCUGUUUCAAGUGCAGAGCAAGCGAAGAAUGAAGAGACUUUCGGCGAUCUGAUGUUGGAUCCUGAGCUAUCAAACAAUGAUGGAGAAGUCAAUCUUUCGAUGCCUUCGCUUCCAAGAUUGCAUGAUGAGACCCAAAGUCCAUAUCAAUUUUCAACACUAAACCAAGACGAGAAUGUUUCACAGCUUGAUCAUAUAAAGGCAACAAUUGAAAUGCUGGCGCAAGAUUGCAAAUCAGUGUUUGAGGAAAAACAAGAACUUGAAACAGCACAGCGUGAAGAUAUCAGAGAUCAUCCUGAUACACUUAAAGGACAAGGUGAAGGAUUGAUAGAGAGAGAAUGGGAACAAGUUGUGCAAGCUUACACUGAACAAAACAGUUCGCAUGAACUCUUAGAGUUGUGUGCUCGGCCUUACGUUCAAGCAGAAGAUCUUGUCGCUGCCGCUGUUGAAUGCAAUAUGGAACGAGAGGAGGUUUUUCGUGCUUUAGACUACCUGCACAACAUAGGAGCUGUGCUGUAUUAUGGCAAUGACUCCGUGCAUGAGAGAUUGCGAGGAUAUGUGUUUACAAGGCCGCAGUGGAUUAUUGAUGCUAUCAAGUUUGUAGUCCACGAGCGAGACGACCGCAAUCUCAACGAUGAGCUUCGAAAUCUUCAUGGCAGGAUGGAUAUGCAGGGGAAAAGACAGUUGGAGUCGCUGCGAAAUGGUGGCAGACUCUGCGACAGGCUUCUUCGAUGUUGGCUCUGGGAAAAUGUAUCGGAGGACGACAAGGAUGUUCUCAUUUACCUCCUGCAAGGAUUCAAGCUUAUGCACCAGUAUCAAACACACCUCCCUGAUGAGAAGUUUUGUCAAGUUUGUGCUAGGCAGGGGCAUUGUAGUUAUGUUGUUCCCGCUAUGUUUCCAAAGGGAUCUCUUGAUGGAAGGUAUACCUUACCCUCCCCUUGGUCUCCACAGAUGAGCUCGGACUGUCGUGCUAUCGUAAGGAGAGAAUAUCAGUGCUCCCAUUUCGAGAGUUUCUUCCUCAGCGAACUUCAAGUUGAAUGGUCGACUAUCGGGCACCUGGAUCACAACAAUGAGCACAUCUCUGUUGAAGUUCUUGGACAAUCAGCAGAGGGAAUGGUUCUGCGAUGUGAGGAAUCUGAAUUCGUGGACGAGACUCUUGUAGUCCGGAUGGCUAAGUUGCAGUCUUCGAGCGGCUCAGCUAUGGAAUCGAUCAUGACGGUGGUAAGCUGGGUAGACUUGGUUGACGCUUGUUCUAUGGCAGCCACAGAAUGGCCGCUCUUUCGCUACGUCAACCAAUCUAUUGAGGCAGCAGAAAGGAGACAACCUGGUUUGCACCUUGUGGCAAUGAUUCCAUGCGGAGAAGACUUGAGCGACAGAAAGUUGUUGCAAGAUGUACAGAGGGUCCGACGUGUCACCCUGAGCGACGGCAAGACAGUGGAGAGCAGAGAUCUCUUGCCUACAAGGAGAACUCUGCGAAGAUGCGAUCUUCCUGCUGUGAGAUUCUCGAAUCUUCAAAAGCCUCAACUACCUGUUCCCUCGAAUCCUUUCACCUAUCAGGCUGACAUUGGCGAGGAAAGCAAUCAUAGCCAACAAGACACCAGUCAAGCCCCGCAUGAUUUGGAGGCUGUUUCUGAUCCGGUACCACAGAUACCUGGAUAUCUGAUCCGGAAGAGGUUGGGAAAGGGAAUGCAGGGCAGUAUAUGGCUUGCAGAGCAGUUCAACAAGAGUUUGGUGGUAAUCAAAAUCGUCAAAGCGGGACUGAAUUCGAAGAGGGAGUAUGACAACCUUAGUCAAAUAGCUGGUGAUCAUCCCAACGUGGUGCAUGUUGUAGAUGUCUUGCAAGAGUUUGAGGAUAUCAAACGACAAAGAUUCCUUGGAUUGGUCAUGGACUAUGUCGAGGGAGAGUCUCUGCGGCAAAAGUUGGAUAGAGAAAUAGCCAACGGACAAGAAUCCACUUCAGACCUGAUAGGCGACAACCUGAAAGCUUGCCACGUCAUGUGUGAUGUACUUGCAGGCUUGUCUGUACUCCAUGCCAUCAAACCCUACCCCAUCGUUCAUCGAGACAUCAAGCCUGCAAACAUCAUGAUAAGAGACAUUGACGGAAGUGCUGUCGUUGUGGACCUCGGUGUCUCCAAGAGGUAUGGAUUGGAUGAUCAAUCGAUUACCAGCGGCGACUUUUUGAAAGGAACUUUGGCCUACGCGUCGCCAGAGAUUGCGAUGGGAGGGGGAGAGAACGAAGUUGAUCAGCGAUCAGACGUGUGGUCUUGCGGGAUCGUUCUGUACGAGAUGGUGAGCGGGAAGAGACCAUUCGAAGCAGAGAAUAGUCUGAAACUGAUCGAAUGCAUCAAGAUCCGAGAACUACCACAACUACUGUGCAAGGACAAGCGAAAAGAGAAAUAUACCUUGGGUAGGCAUGCUCUUGCGAAAGUUCUCGUCAAGGCGCUCAGCAAAGACCGAAAUGGAAGGUUUCACGAUGCAAGUGAUAUGCUUCGAGUUUUGAAGAUGAUCUGCGAAUGUCCGAAUGUUGUUCCUUGUGAGCUGAUCUCCACUUUAACGAGACCCGUCAGCUUGAAAGAGAAUCUUACUUGCUUUAGAGUUGUCUUCUUUUCCUGUCGCUGUGGAACAGACAUUGAUCCGGAGAGGGAAUGCCAGGAGUUCAAAGAUCUCUUCCGCGCUGCUUUCUUCAAGAAGCACAAGUUUGUGGGGGUCGCACAUGCUGGCGUUGGGAUCUGCUGCUCCGCUUGUACAGUAGAAACCUGCUGCGCAAGGUCCUGUAGGCGCUGCCAUUUUUCAGGUCAUGGUAGUGACUCGUCAGGAGGGUUGUAUUGGUAUUCCGAAACAGGACGAAAGCAGCAAGAGAACCAGGUCACAGCACAACAUCUGUCGAAUCUGAUCCAACUUCAUGCACGAGCUAGUGUUCUGCAAAAGAUCGAAUGUAUCUUCCUGAACGCGUGCUCUACCCUGUCCACUGGUUACGCUCUGCGUUCAGUUGGAGUGAAAGUAGUGGUUUGUUGGCAUGGUAUCGUAAGGCAGAGUGUCAGUCGAAAGUUUUCUUUAAGAUUCUAUGAAUUGCUGAGUGAAGAUCAUGGCAACUAUUGGUUAGCUUUCAUGACAGUUUGCAAUGAGAUGGCACAGGAUCUGAGAAAUUUCCAGCCCUGCAUGUUGCAUUUGUAUGGCAAAGGAACAGAAAGGAAGAAUCGGUGCAACGCAUGGCGCGAUGGAAGGAUGGUAGAUGUUGUUGAACCAGAAGAAAAUGAAGAAGACUUUCGGAUGCCUUUGGAUUCUUCUGUAUCAGAAGAGAGCUGGUCAGCCGAGGAGGAGGAGCAGGAGCAGGAUGAUCCAGACAAGAACUGGAGGGUUCCGCGAGCUCGAGACGACUUUGCUGCACUGGCAGGGCAAUCGGAACUUCGUGCUCUGCGAUGCCUCGCGUUCAAACUGCGCAUGCCAGAUGGAAGUGCCGUAGAAUCGAGCGAGGUGGACAAGAAUGGCUUCAUCACCCAAAGAGGACUCCGCGCCAUCGGUGUAGAUAGCUACACUCAGCUUUGGCGCAGAUCAGGAAAGAUUGUCAAGAAAGCGAAAUCAGAGUUGAGAGCCUCGAAUCGAAGACAGUUUGACACUUGUCCUGUCUGCAAGGAAAUGCAGACAUGUGGAGCUGCCGAACAAGUGAUGGAGAAAGUCGAUCAAGCUCGCCAUGAGAUCGAGAACUCUAUCUACUAUCGACAGAUGGAUUUGCUUGCCCACCGCAGAAAGAUGGAAUUAACAGGGACUGCAACUUCAAGACAGUUUGGCAACUACAAGAAAACAUUGUUGACGACUCCUCGGAGGGAUAUCAUCUCCAUGUGGCACCGGGAUCUGGCUGAAAGAAAUGAGACUGAGAUUGGGAGGGGAACACGCUUGAGUGCUGCAGGGAGAGCCAAGUUGUCCUCGGCGUGCCAGAGCCAUUUGUUUCAGAUGGACAUAAGGCAAGAAACUCUGAGCGAGUUGGAGGCAACGUUGCACCGACUCCGCGGCCAUGUUCAUGUCAGUGUUAUCGAUGACGAGGGAUCUUUCACGGCCCAAAUCACGGACCUCUGUAGACAAAUCCACGAAUAUCAUUCAUUAAUGUAA